UCCGAAAUUAGAGCCGGCCCGGCAUCAGAGCGCUUCAGUUGCCGGCUGACCACUAGAACGUGAACAAGUCGUAGAAUUCCUGAGAUACCUCGACGCGCCGCCGAAAAUUUUCGUACUCGUCUUUAGUGAAACGGAAUGGAGAGCGCGUCGCGGCCUAAUCAGGGCUAGUGCCCUGCUUGGAUAAUGUCCACUUACAAGGUCGGCUUAUUCAAUGAAUCUCGAUCAAGUGCACCCGCGAAUAUUCGGACUUUGAACAUGUUAUGACACUAGACGUGUGACCGCUGUAUUUUUUGUUUGCUUUUUUAUUGUUUUUUUUUACGUCGCUUCGGUUGGACUAAGCGCGAGUGUGGCAGUUAGUUAGAUGGCCAACAGCGGUACCGUUCAACAGUUCCAGCAGCCAUUCCAGUGCAAGGAUUGUGGACUGGUCUUAAAUUCGGCAGAAUCGUUAGAUGUACAUCUCCAGUACCAUCACAAGGAGACGCUGAUGCAGCAGUGGGCCGGCACUGGCAGCAAAAUAACACAAGGUGACGAGAAAAACAACAAUAUGACCAAGCUUGCUGCAGCUAUUAAACGUGAGUUCCCAAAUUCUAAUUCGGUGGCGGCACCAGCUGAUAGCUCAGACUCACAUAAACGUAGUCCUGAAUAUCAUCGUACCACGCCAGAAGGGUCCUUUGCUCAACCUCCCACACCACAAAGCUAUCACAGUGGCUCAUCUGAAUACCAGAAUUCUGCAUUUUCACCAAAUUUCCAAAAUUUUCCUGCAAAAAGUGAAGGUAACUCUCCUGUAACCCCACAACAACCACCUCAUUUUCAAAAUGCUUUCUCGAAUUUUGCUGAACAACAACAGCAAUUUUACCCACUUCAAGAUACAUCUAGCAGUUAUGGAGAUAUAGCAAUACCCAAUCCAACAGUACAUAACAAUUUAAGAUACCACCCUUAUGUACAGCAAUUCGAAAGGCCUAAAUCUCAGUGUGGUGUACCAUCAGCUAGUCCUGCAUAUCCACCACAACCGACACCAUCCCCUAGUCCGAAGCAAUGCGAUAAAUGUGGUUAUGUUUGUGAAUCAGGAGCUCAACUUAUAGAACAUACGAAUCUUAACCAUUCCAACGCACAUCCAGGUUCCCAACAAUACAAUCAAGGUAAUCAACACUUCAUGUUUGAGCAACAAUCCGCCAUCAAGGAAGAGGAAUGUUCUCAAAGUGAAAUAUUAGACUUAGACUCUCACAAAGUUGUUCAUCCGGUUUGGCCUCAUGGCAAAGAAGAAGAAAAGCGUACCGAUAGCGGGCCGGCGCCACAUUCAGUAUCCUCCCUUCUGAAUACCUGGUCUACGGAGCAUCAACAUCAGCAACCCGGUAUGUAUCAAACUGAUCAUGGUAUGUACUUGAAUGAUUCUGGUGACCACAAGAUAUUUCCAAACAUAGCCGAAAAUAAGAUGUUUCAGCCAGGUCAGAAAAUAUUUCAACCACACCAAUUAAGCAAUCAAAGUUUUAUGAAUAGCGGUGUAUCUUCAUCUAGUACUGAAUUGGGUCAACAGAAUUAUAGACCAUUUGAACAUCUCCCCACUUCAGGUACUCCGGCCAUAUCUAGCAGUCAAGUUGCGCAGACUCCCGCGCCAAACUCUGCUGCUCCUACCCCGCCCAAUGCCAAAGGCACCAACUGGAAAUCGAAUGAAGCUCGUAGGCCAAAAACGUAUAACUGUAGCGCGUGCAAUAAAUGGUUUACUAGCUCGGGGCACCUAAAACGCCACUACAACACCACCCUGCAUAAAAACGCUGUUAAAGCUAGUGGCUUACCAGAUCCAGCCUCCUUACCAAUCAGUGCGCAUCAUCACCCAUCAAGAGACUCUGCUACUAGUAAAGAUGAUUUAAGGUCGCAUUCCGAUAGUCCUCGAGAAGACUCUCGUGGUGAAGACAGCUCAUUAAGUUCUUCUUUCGAAGGGCGAAAUUUGCCUGGAUUGUUGCAUAAUUCAUAUGAUAGGCAGGGUGGUCCAAAUUUGCAUCACGGCCCUCCCGGCCACUCACCUCUUGGACAACAUCAUGCCUCUCUUAACAACCCAGGUACCAUGAUGCAAGGUGCCGGAUUUACCAAUGGCGGUUCCCCAAACGGGGAGGCGGGCCUCUCGUCCCCGGAAUCGAGGGGCCUGCUAUCUAUGGCACCCGGCUCGCACGGUUUCAAUAUGAUGCCGCAAGCGCCUGUAUUGCCGGCCAUGGAGGCCUCCCAAUUCCAGAUGUACCCAAACGGGUCGGCCCCCCACGUUACGCAAGUUAUGGCUAUCACCAGCAACAAUACUACUGGUGAAUUGCAUUUUAUCAUGCAGAACGAUAAUCAGCCAUUGCCCAGCUUUGCGCAACUGCAAACGCGCCGCUUUAGUGGCGGUUUUGCGAACGUGGGGGGCCUGGAAUCGGUAACGGUUCCUAUUUCCACCUACUACACUAAUGAAGAUUUUGAGACGCACGAAGAUAUAAAGCCCAUAUUACCCAAAGCCAGCAUUAAAAUAGAGAAUACACUGUCGAACGGCGAGCUGGUACAAGCGUCCCAUACCCAAGAGAUAGAUCAAUAUUCCUCUAGUUGUGAAAUACAAUACUCGCCCACCGCUACAAAUAACAACCAUGAUGUCAGUGGGUCAGUACUUUAUAUAAAUGGAGUACCUGGAGGCAUGCACGUUUUACGCCAGCUCUCUGUGACUACUGAUGCGCAAGGUGAAAGUAAAGAGAAUUUUAAUGUUGGGCCGGGCAGCAACAGUCCUAGAGUCAGUUCAACCGUUGCACUACAAGAUGAGAGCAAAACCAAGUGCUUCGAUUGUGACAAAGUAUUCAAUCGGCCAUGUUAUCUUACUCAGCACAACAAGACCUGUCACAAUGGAGAAAAGCCAUUUAAGUGUGCACGAUGUGGUAAACGUUAUGCCACUCAACAGAUAUUUGAAGAACAUACCAAGAAACAUGUAGGGGACAAGCCACAUAAAUGCGACGAUUGCCCAAAAGAAUUCAAUCACAAGACCGAUCUACGUCGUCAUAAAUGCUGCCACACGGGUAAGAAACCGUACGCAUGUUCUAUUUGCGGAAAGGGUUUUAUUCGUAAAGAUCACAUGGUAAAACAUAUGGAUACGCACGCACGUAAAAAGGAUAAACUCAGUGCAAUGAGGAACUGAGAUGAGCGUCCAUCUCACAAUUCCAGCCUUUCGCUCUUUAUUCUAAUAGAUAUUAGAAAUACUUUUUAUUAUUGUUGUAUAUAUUCGUUUUAUUUUUCAGGGAUUUAUUUAUAUAUUUGACUAAUCAUUUCCAUGAUUCUCUGCAAAAUCGCUGGAUUAUUUUUUCCAAUUCAGUAAUUUUUUACAGAAUCUAAGACCAUGCUUUUGCACGGUCUAAUUUGCUCAAAGACGUUGAUUUAUUUAUCUCAACAAAACUAACAGCAAUACCUCAUUAUACUCAGAUAUAAGAAUAGAUAUGAUAUUUAUAUAUUAACAAGAAAAAAAUAUAAAAUUAAGAGUAAAUGUCAAUGUACAAAUCUCUAGAUUCGAGUUUUAAAAGCAAAUGGUUAUAAGAAUUAAAACUAUAGUCGAAUACACAUUCGAAUAUAGUAAUGGCCUCCAAACAACGCAGCCGAAACUAAUAUCUUCUGCGAUGUUUGGACGCUUUCUUUUCACAAGUAAUAAAAAUAAACUAUUUGCAAUAAAGUUAAUAUGAUACAACGCAAAUUUUGAUAUUUGUUUUAAUGUAAGCGUGAGUCGUUUUGUAUAUAAGUAUUUUGUUGUCAAUAGGUAAUUUAUAUAUUUUACAGAGACAAUUUCAACUACCUCGUUUUAAACUAAUGUGCCACUUUGUUUUGAUAUCCAAUAUGUGCCAAACUGUUUUAUACCGAAAAUUUUAAUUUAUUCAAAACCCACAAUUAAAAGAUCAAUCAGAACUAUUAUCACUAUUUUAAAAUGUAGAUUUAAUGAAAAAUAUUAAAAUUUUCGGUGAAAUAAAUUAUAUAUAUUUUUUUUUCUUAAUUUAAGAUAGUCUACUCACUUCUAGUGCAAUUUGUAUAAUACUUUUAAGAGUGGUUACGUUAUUAGUUUUUAGGAAGCAUUUUCUGUAACUUGCACUGAAUUAUCCUCGUCUAAAAAUAUUUUUAAUAACGAAAGUCGCACUAUUCAGAAAAUGCCCCCGAAUACUAAAAUAAAUAUGUUAUAAAACUAAUGAUUGUUUUGUUAAAAUAAUUGUUUUUAGUAUUAAUGAUUCGACAUUGUAUAUUUUUUUAUGUUUUUACUGUAUGAUGGAAAACUAUCGAGUGCGAAAUUUGACUACAUUUUUGUUGAGACUGAAUUUGAUCUGAAAUUGAUUGUAACUGUAUAUUUUAUUAAUACAAAAUUUUUUUUCGCUCAUAAUUUUUUUGAGCAUUAUUUUAACACUUUAUUAUAUUUAAAUUAUUCCGUUUGAGUUUAUUCUCACUAUUUAAAUUUGAUCGUGAUUAUUUGGUGUUAAAAUCUUGGCAAUUGAAAUAAAGAAGUUUACAGAAGUAUUUCA